AUGAACUCGAGGAGGAGACAUCUUAUUACCUUAAAGGACCCUGACACCAAGUACCCACUGCCCUUGAUUGAGAAAGAGCAAAUCAGCCACAACACCCGGAGGUUCCGCUUUGGACUGCCUUCACCAGAACAUAUCUUAGGGCUUCCUGUAGGUAACUACGUCCGUCUCUUGGCCAAGAUUGAUGGUGUUCUGGUGAUCAGAGCUUAUACGCCUGUGUCCAGUGAUGAUGAUCAAGGCUAUGUGGACUUAAUUAUAAAGAUCUACUUCAAAAAUGUACACCCUGAUUAUCCAGAAGGAGGGAAGAUGACUCAGUACUUGGAGAACAUGAAAAUUGGGGACACCAUCCUUUUUCAAGGGCCAACUGGGCAACUAUUCUAUCAGGGGGCAGGGAAAUUUUCAAUCAAAGCAUAUAAAACAAGUGAGCCUGAAGAAAAACUGGCCCAUCACCUGGGAAUGAUUGCUGGGGGCACAGGGAUCACACCCAUGCUGCAGCUCAUUCGCCACAUCACCAAGAACCCCAGUGACAAGACCAGGAUGUCCCUCAUCUUUGCCAACCAGACAGAGGAGGAUAUUUUGGUGAGAAAGGAGCUUGAAGAAGUUGCCAGCACUCACCCAGACCAGUUCAACCUGUGGUAUACCCUGGACAGGCCUUCUGUUGACUGGAAGUACAGCUCAGGCUAUAUUACUGCCGACAUGAUCAAGGAGCACCUGCCUUCUCCUGCGCAGUCCACGUUCAUCCUGGUGUGUGGCCCACAACCCCUGAUCCGGACAGCCGCUCACCCUAACCUGGAGAAACUGGGUUAUACCAAGGACAUGAUUUUCACCUACUAACACCUCCCUUGUUUAGUAAAUUUGCCUGGUCCCUUACAUCAUAGCUUCACCAUGUUAAACUAGGAUGUGUUCAAAAAUGUACCUUUGGGCAUGCUGAUGCUCCUCUUUUGAUGUGGGCCUAAGAAGAGUUCAAGGGGUUGGAGAUAAAGUGGCUUCUAAAGUCUCCUUCCUUGGGGAGGCUUGAAAGAACUCCAUGUCCAUAUCUUUUCCCAUAGUUUAGUGAAAUAAACUCCAGUACAAAGCAGAUAGCCAUGAGGCGUGGCUUUGUGGGGGACUUGCUAGGCACUUAGAAGGCCUUGGCUUGCCCUACAUGUAAACUGGCUUGUGUGUGUCCACAGGAGGUCAGAGCUGGCAAAAGUGCCGGGGUAGAAUUCCAGAAGAAUCUAAGUGGGGUCACGUCAACUCCCAACAAUCUCUUUCGAAAUGCCCCCCAGAUCAUUGUUUUUAAGGUCAAACGUACCAGAGGGCUCAGACACCCUCCAUGAGUACUCUUUCUUCUCUUGUGGGAGACCCUUGAAGUAGGAAUGGUAUUAAACACACGUCAGGGCAGUAGUGAAUCUACAAUGUAGGUGGGCUCCAGGAAUCCUAGACUCCCUGCACUUUGUACAACAAAUGGAGGUAAGGAGUGCCCUUUUGUUUGCAUCCUCUAGAUGUCAGGCCCUAUUCCGGUGCAGUAGGGUAGUGGUGGUUACAGAAAGAAGCUUCUGAACUUGCAAACAGAAUUAGGCUCCAGAAGCUUUUCCUUAAAUCCUUCAUGGUGUUAAACCCAAAAGCUACUAGUGACCAUUCUUGUCCAUGGCCAGGAAGACAGGCUGCUGCUCUAUGUUAUCUGUGGGUGGCUGAACUGCUUCUGCACUUGAAUUUGUAUAAUUCUCAUAAAAAGCCAGAGAUUGCGGAGAUUUUGUUCUCCAAGGCAUAGAUGAGGAAACAGGCUCAGGGACAAAGUUAGUGUGCCCAAGUCAUUCAGCCAGUAGGUGGCAAAGCUGCCCUUCAAACCCAGGUUUGUUUAAUUCCAAGUUGUUCGUUCUCUUUUCACAAAAUUGGCAUAGUAGCAGCAUUGCUAAAACUUGGUGUCACUGCAUUUCUUACUAUGUAUGUGGGUAAGGGAGGGCAGGAGAAGGGUAUGAGAGAGAGAGGGGAACACAGCUCUAGAGUACAGCUGUGUAGUGCCCAAAGGGUGGUCUCGCAGAGGGCCAGUGCGGGUGGCGUGUUGGGAGGCAGCUAGCCUUCAUCCAUCCAUGUGUUCAGCACAUCCUCAGUGAAUCCCCUACUCAGUGAUAGAUACUCUGCUGGGCACUGCACAAUGAGGAAGAUCCUACCCUCAGAUAGUUCUCUUAAACACAAACAUAACCAUGGUUGUCUCCUGCUUUACACUUAGCAUUUUCACUGUCCCCACCUGGCCACCCCGUGUCUCCGGGAUAAAUUUCAGGGGCCUGGCUUACAAGGUCUUUUUCUGGCUCCAGAUUUUUACUUCUCUGGGCCUGCUACUCUGA